AUGACGUUAUUUUCGAAGCGUCUCUCCUGCUUUUACUGUGGGACACGUUCCACUAAGCCCAUUGACGAUUCGAAUAAAUUCCACUGCGACCAUUGCGAUGCCGACAACUUCCUCGACCAGAAUGGUGAAAUCACCGACCCCCCUACCGAGAUCACCAAUGCCAUAGGCCAGGAUGUCGGCGCAUCGAACGAACGGAUCGAAUCAACAGAUUUCUCCGAGUCCGAAUUAUUUUGCUCCCAAUGUCUUCGCAACCAACAUUUGUUCACCAGCUCCCUCGCUGCUUUUUUCCCGGAAGACGACGAGAAAAUGGAUCCUCAGUUUGAUUCAAACUACGAAAACUACCGCCGCGAACUCGAAACCCUCUACCCUCAAGUCUGUGAAACCUGUGAGCCUCGCGUGAAGCAGCAAAUACGAGCGACCGGGUACGAGGCAAAGGCAGAUUUCCUCCGUCGUAUGAUGGAUCAAACUCGUGCAUCCAAAGCCGCGCAGCGAGCCCGACAGCACAGCUGGCAGAGCUUUGUUGUUUAUCUUGGCGCCCUUGGAUACUGGAUUAGCAUUCUUGGUCAGCUUGCAUGGGAUACUAUCGGUGCAUUGACUCUUUAUCCCUUGGAGAACGAUGUUGAGAUGUCUAUUGAUACUCCGAUGUCUUUGAUGUCUCGUGUAAAUCGAAUCAUCGAGCUCCGAGGUAUCCCUGCAGAAUGCUCUUUCGACCUGGCUCCUAUCGCAGGCAGUGCCCUAGUUGCGGGCUGCCUUUCUAUUUGGUGGAACCCGAAGCUACGCAUGAAGGUUCUUGGGAGACUUGGCAGGUUCUCCGGUCUUGGAGAGUACUACCAGAUGCAGCUGUUAUUACUAGUGUUGCGAUGCGUGUUCUGGUCCCUGUUCAAAGAUCCAUCGGCAAGCGGAAUUGACCCAAAGGGGUCUUUCGUUGGACAUGUUGUUAUGGCCGGAAUUACCAUUCUGUGUGUUGGGGCAUCUCGUCGCGUUGUCAAAUACAACCGUCAAAACCUGGUGGACUGGUCAGAUCAAUCUUGGGAAAAGGCACCAAUGCGUAGCCCUCCUUCAUCCCCCCCUCCUGGGCUCAGAAAAUCGAAUACCGAAUUGACACCAAGAGUAAGCAAUGGUGCCACUCGCGAGCCUUUCCCGAUUUCCCGGUUGGCUUCCGUGCAGUCUGCCGUAACGAGAUCUUCCGCUUUUCCUACUCCGCCUCCUGAAUCUGAUGAUAUGGACUGGACUCCUUCCAGAACCCAAGAGAUUCGGCCAGAAGUCAGCCUUUAUCAACGAGACAAACCAUCGGUUUUUGAGGGCCCAAAUCCAUUCUAUGGCAGCAUUCCUGCCGUCUCAAAGCCUCCCUCAUGGGAACUUCGCACACGACCCUCGAACAAGCCCAUCGAACAGGUCGUGGAGCGUAACCCAUUUCAUCGAAGCCCAACCAACUCGCCAACCUCAUGGCAACACAAAUCUGCCGGCUCCGUGCCGGUGUUCAAACCGCCAACGUUUUUCCCAACAAGCGAUCAUGACAAUUCCACUGGCUUGGAGACUCUCUUUGAUCGAACUUUCAGCAUCGACCCGAACAAGACGUCCCGAAGAAACGAGGAUCAACAGUCACGCCACCGCUCUUCCCGUCCGUCCCGAAUUCAAGGCCGUCUUAUGCUCCAAAUUUUUAGAUUUUUGCUUCUUUUGUUCUCCAUCGGCGCAUGGAUCUUUUCUCAAAACCGUAUGUUCCCGAUACACGGGAACUACAUUGAAACCUUUGCCCUGGGUAGUGCAAGCCUGAUAGCAGGGCUUGGUUUCCUCGAAGCUGUUAAGAGGCCCAUUAUCGAGUGGAGAGGAUUAGAACUCCUUGUCAACAUCACAGAACUCAUUGUAGCUGUUCACCUCGGGGCCCAUUUGCCGAAAAAUCUCAACGACCGAGAGUAUUUUGAUCGGUAUGGCAAGCUACUUCUCAUUUUCAUGGCCGUGCAAGAGGUGAUGGGUUUGCUUGCAAUCUAUCGCACCCCGUCAACUCCCGUCCACCCGGCAGAAGAACCGCAAUUAGGGCCUACUUCUCCGUUUGGGGCGUCACACUACGAACAACCCCAACUUGAGGCUCCUGUCUACUCCCCGACCAGUUCUACAAAGACUCUCUCCCCUACCUACAACUCCUUCAAAUCCGCCCCUCCUCUUUCAUUCGGAAGUACUGCCGGGUCAGCAGGCUUCUCCUCUGCUCUGCCCUCAUCACUCUCGUCCCCGAGCGUCCACUCCUACCAUCCAGUACAAACCCGCAGCCCCCACAGCUUCACGAUGGAAUCUCUCAAGGAGAACGAGCCAUCAGACUACGAGCAGGACUCGGACGGUGAAACUGUUGCUACCACGGCUACGGCGUGGACAAAUACUACCAACCAGAACAUCCGCUAUGGGCAUCGGCCGAGCACGGCCCAAAGCAAUGAUAACUUUUUCUCUCCCCGGCGGAAUCAACUUGCUCCUGGUCUUGGAGGUCUGAGCCUGGAAGACCGACCAAGUACUCGCCGGAUGACCCGCAGUCAGACCCAGCAGGGUCUCAAUGGGCGGGGCCUUUCUUCUCUUGCUACCCGAUGGUGA